CGGGGCCACCGCCUGGUGCUGGUGGUGGUGGGCGGGGGAAGGAGCCCUGCCUGCGGCAUAGUCUGCUCGCCUGCCGGACGGAGGAGCCCGCGCUCGGGAUGGGGAGAAGCGACUGGCGUGGCGGCGGCGUCGCACCGGAGGAGAUUUUGAAAGAAGACAGAUACACAGUGGAAUUACUUUUGCAAACCACAGGAAGAAAUGUGAUUUAUUUCUUAAAACGAAGAGAAAGAACCAACCUGCAAAAAGACUGAUUAUAGCUAAAACUAGCUAAGAAUUCCUGUUUUUUUUCAAUAUAAAGCUGCCAUAGUAUUUAAAUAUUAUCUUCCAAAGAGUCAUUUGCACUAAUAUUAAAGAAGAAGAAAAGGUGAAAUGCUAUAAAGAUUGUCCAUAAGUAUUUGUAUGGCUUAUCAUCAUAAUAUUACAUGAUCUACUCAUCAGAACAAAGUUUUUCACAUUUUAUUUUAUCUUUAUUUUUUAAAAUAAAAAGAGUAGAUGCGAUAUUGACUUAAUGCAAUCCGAAGACUUGGACUUCUGAACACAAUGCCGUAACUUAAAGGCAACUGUCAGGACUAGGUUUGCUUUGCUUGGAAUCCUUCAGUCUUAUUUUAUAAACACUGUUUCCUAAAUAAUGGCAUGGGUAAAGUUCUUGAGGAAACCUGGAGGAAACCUUGGAAAAGUAUAUCAACCUGGAAGUGUGAUGUCUUUGGCGCCUACCAAGGGCUUGCUAAAUGAACCAGGACAAAACAGUUGCUUUCUUAAUAGUGCUGUACAGGUUUUAUGGCAACUUGACAUAUUUCGGCGAAGUUUAAGAGGUCUAUCAGGACAUGUUUGUCAGGGUGAUGCCUGCAUAUUCUGUGCUUUAAAGACUAUAUUUGCACAGUUCCAGCACAGUCGAGAAAAAGCACUCCCAUCAAAUAAUAUGAGGCAUGCCUUGGCUGAAAGCUUUAAAGAUGAACAGCGAUUUCAACUUGGUUUCAUGGAUGAUGCAGCAGAAUGUUUUGAAAACAUCCUUGAGAGAAUUCACUAUCACAUAGUGCCAAGCAGUGAAACAGAUAUGUGUACUUCUAAAUCCUGCAUUUCCCAUCAGAAGUUUGCUAUGACAUUAUAUGAACAGUGUGUAUGUCGCAGUUGUGGGGCAUCUUCAGAUCCUUUGCCUUUCACAGAAUUUGUGCGUUACAUUUCAACAACAGCUCUAUGCAAUGAAGUUGAUAGGAUGUUGGAAAGACAUGAGCGGCUCAAGCCUGAAAUGUUUGCAGAACUGCUUCAGACUGCAAAUACUACUGAUGACUUCAGGAGCUGUCCUAGUAACUGUGGCCAAAAAAUAAAAAUCCGACGUGUUCUCAUGAAUUGUCCUGAAAUUGUCACAAUUGGCUUAGUCUGGGAUUCAGAACAUUCUGACCUAACAGAAGAUGUCAUCCGGAAUUUGGCAACACAACUUUAUCUUCCAGGGCUGUUCUAUAGAGUUACAGAUGAAAAUGCCAAAAAUAGUGAGCUUUAUCUCGUGGGGAUGAUUUGCUACGCAAGCAAACAUUAUUGUGCCUUUGCCUUUCAUACGAAGAGUUGCAAAUGGGUGCUGUUUGAUGAUGCUAAUGUGAAAGAGGUUGGAACAAAAUGGAAAGAUGUGGUGUCCAAAUGCAUUCGGUGUCACUAUCAGCCAUUGCUGCUGUUUUAUGCAAAUCCAGAUGGUACACCUGUAUCAACAGAAGAUGCACCAAGGCAGACAAUACACUGGUCUCAUUAUAAAGCCUGUGCAGGAAAUGGAGAAGAACUUGGAUUUGAAAAGUCUACUUUUUCUAAGUCAGAUCGUCCGAAAGAGAAUGGGUUUGGAGAAUCAGUUACUCAGAAGAGCACUAAAAAAUAUCAGCCAGAUGACUCAAAUUUUAGUCGAAACCAUGUUCAGUCUGGUGGUGUCAGAGGAUCAGCUAAAUUAGGGCAUAAUGAACAUAGGGAAAAGGCAAAGGAUCUUUCCAGAGAGUGCGCUCAGAAGGUAGCCGAGAUGAAAAGCUUCUCAUCCUCCCUACGAAAAGACACUGAGAGAGGAUCAAAGAGAGAAUCUGGAAAACAGAGAGAUCUAUCUGGAGAGGUCCGCACCAAUUUUAAGCCAGGAUCGCCACCUUCUGGGAAUGGAUUUAAGCAGCAUUCUAAUGAACGUGUGUAUGGCAGUCAGGGAAAAGGACCUUACAGACAUGAAAAAGUACAUAACCAAAUCAGACCCACUGCACAAGUAUUGGGCUCAAACAAAACAGAUGGCUUUUCUGAUGGAGAGAAGAUGAGUCGUGUAAAGACUGACAGCACCACUGGUUAUGAUACAGACAGUAGCCAAGACUCCAAAGACAAGGGAAGCAUCAGUAGCAGCAAAAGUCGAAGCAGAGGUUGGAAGCCAAUGCGAGAGACACUGAAUGUUGAUAGCAUUUUCAGUGAAUCUGAGAAAAAAGAACACAGUUCAAAGCCCAAAUUAAAUGCAAGCAAUAAACCUAAACAUGAAAAGGAGCAGAGUUCAAACAACUGGCCAAAAGAAACUCGAAGUCAAAAAGGUUUGAUGACUAUCUAUGAAGAUGAAGCAAAACAGAAAGGGAGCCGGAGUUCAUUGGAUUCAGAAGGGAAAGGAAAUGCAGAAAAAAGUGUAGGAUUUACAGAGAGGAAAACUCAUACUGAUAGUUGGCAGAUACAAAGGACUGAAUCUGGUUAUGAAAGCAGUGAUCAUAUAAGCAAUGCAUCUGCUAAUCUGGAUUCACCUGUCAUUGAAGGAACCAGCCCAGUAGAUACUACCACAGUUAAGGAAUCUGUUUCCUGCAGUGACCAGUUAAUCAGAUAUUCGGGGUGUAUCUUGCAGUCUACCUCCCAGCAGAACAAAAACUCUUCAGAUGCCUUGAAGAAAGACCAGGUUAAUACUCAUAUGAACUAUAGAUCUCAUAACCUACCUUCAACAUCUCAUCUGCAUAUGCAAAGGACUGACAUACCUGAUGGCAAUAAGAAGCUUUUUCCUUCGUUAACACUACAGACCGCUUUAAAAGACCACUCUGAGAGAGAAAUGAAGAACAAUGCACUUAGUGAGCAAAGCUCUGCACAGUGGCCCACUGAAGAGAUACUUGAUGAAACAAACAUAGCAGUACACAGUGCUGAUAAUUCAGCUUCUUACAAUGGCGAGAACUUAACCAUGUCUGAAAAGGUUCAGAACAGUGAGUCUUUCUCUUCCCAUUUGCAGUUGCCUCAUACAAGGACAGUUAGACCUAGGCCAGCGCUUGCAUUUUUCUUACAACAGAAUAUAUCCAAACCUUCCUAUACUGAAUCUGCGGCACCUGCUGAACGUAAACUUCAUUUGUAUAGUAGUAGGACUGAUGAUGACACACAAGAAGCGAUUUACCAAAAUCUUCCUCCUCCUUUACCACCAAAGAAAUAUGCUCUCACUGGUUUGCAUGGAUUAGAAUAUGACUCUGCUGUGGACUUAAAACCAACAGAAGUACCGGGCACAAAUCCUUCCAGUGUUGAAAGGCAUGUUCCAAGAGUAACUUCAAAGACUGCACCUGAAGCAAGUCCAUUUACACAUGAAGAAAGACUUAACUCAUUUCACGGAAAUGAGUCUUCCAAGAUGAAUUUUCCAUCAAGUUUAUCAGUAAACGAUCUGCAGGCUGUAUCCAAUAAUCCUAUACAUAAGGGAGCUUGCCUCACAGGACAAGGUGCUAGCUCCCUGGAUGCAAAUGCCAAUGAUAUUGUAUCUCUUACUACUUACUUUUCAGUUGACAACUGUAUGACUGAUACAUACAGGAUGAAAUACCACCAGAGACCCAAGCUGUAUUUUGCAGACACUGGCGUGUUAAACAAAGAGACACCUUUGCCACCAAGUGGAAUACAGAUGAACACUUCAUACCACAGUAAUUCCGAAUCAAAUUAUCCAACAACUGAUCAGAGACAUAAACCCAGCAUUGGAAAUAUAUAUUGCAAUAGGUAGAAUAUGCAACCAUUGAGCAUAAAUGCUUGGCGCCCCAACAUGUUGCAAUGUUUAGGUUUCUGUACCUCACUUAUACUUCAUUUAGAAGUUACAGCUAUUGAAUGAUGGUUUUGCACAUGCAUGCGUGUUUAAGAGAGAUACAAAGACUUUUGGACCUGUUACUUUUGUGCUUUAACAAGAUUUGCACUCAUUAUAGGCUAAUGCAGAAUUAUUCAGCCAGCAUUGUUACACUUUUAAAAUUAGAAUCUACAAGAAAUGCCCUUUAAACUGGCAUUCAUUUGAUAAAUAGGAAUAGUUUGCUUUUUUCAACUAAUGAAUGCUGCACCUUUUUAAUAUGACUUGGACUAACUAGUAGAAAUCAUUAUGAAAUACCUCCUUCGGGUUCCGAUCUCACAAGUGUUUAAUAUUAGUUACUCAUCUCUAUUUCAGGGCACUUUCUUUAUAUUACAUAAUGUAAAUCAUGCAUCUUUUAAUCACCAACCACCAUUUUAUCAGUCAUAGAAAGAUAGGAUGCUGCCUUAUACCAAGUCAGAUCAUUGGUCCAUCUAGCUCAGUAGUGUCUGCACUGACUGUCAGGGGCUCACCAUGGCUUUAGGCAGGAAUUUCUCCCAGCCCUACCUGGGGAUUGAACCUGGGACCUUUUGCAUGCAAAGCAUGUACUCUAUCACUGAGCCAAGGCCCUUUUCCAGGCAGGAAAUGCUUAUGCAUAAUUGUUCAAGAUCUCUAAUGUAGAAUAGCCUUUCAUGGUUUUGGAAUGGUGGGUUGUGGGUAGGGAAGGCCAUCCCAUGACGGUUACUGUUCUGGCUUAAUGAAUUAUGGUUACAGUGUUGUAUUAUUUAUUUGGUGUUCAUACUUACAAACUUCGCCAAAGGAUACAUGCAGUAACAAGUACAGUCUCCUAGGGGUUUGUGUCACUUUGGGUUUCAAUUGGAAUAUUUUGCUCCCUGGCUAUGUAAAGUUUUCACAGUAAGGAAUGAUUUGUGUGUUUGUAUGGGAAGUUUCUUUUCCCAUGGAGGCACUUUCAGACCAGCUCAUGUUAAAACUGAAGUGAUAGACCUUUGGGAACUGUACUACCUCAAUAUGGCAUAUUGAUUCUGUACUACUGAUGGAAGAAGAAGUGUGCAGGGAGAGCGUACCACCCCCAGCAGCACGAUCCCGGUGUGGUGCCAUUGUGGCUGCCCCCCCCCACCCGUGCUGGGCACCACACCCCUACGGGUGGCACACCCCGCCCCUGCCUGUUUUCCGCCCCCCGGUGCCGGAGCAUGAAGCUCCGCCACUGGUCUGUCCUUAGUGUACAUAAACCAAGGGAAUUUCAUUAGUUCAGGGGUAGCCAAUGUAUGGGUUGCAUGCUGCAUCUGACCUUUUCCCCCAGCCUACAUACCUUUGUGCUAUCAAUAUUUAGCUACCUGCCUGUAGAUUGAUCAUUUCCAGGAUAAGAACCUUUGCACGCCAUAUGUGGCACCUUGUCUAUAGGUGGUUAUCAGUGUAAGGAGGUGAGCUUUUCUUUGGAGACAAACCCUUGUUAAGGAGUUCUGAGCAAACAGAGAAUAAGUAUUUUUGAAGAUGCUUUAUAAAGUACUGGCCCGACCUAAGAAUCUUACCUGGAACCCCUUGCAAGAUUGUGAAAAGUGCAUUUAAUGGGAGUGUUGUCUUGACUUUCCCUUUAUAUUCAGGUACUGUUAACUAAAAAGUUACAGUAGUUCUAAUACUACUGUCGCCUUGCCACAUUGGUAAGAUGUUUUUUUGCUGUUGUAGGUUUUUCUUGCUGUUGUAGGCUCACUUUAAAACUAUUUUAGUUUAGACUGCAAUCUUAUAAAUGCUGGAGGAUAUCCUGAUAUCAGAACUAUGCACAGAAUGGUACAUAUAAUCUGAAAAAUUGUGCAGAAAGUAUGUUGAGUUCCUCGAGUCAAUUAUUUCUGUUGCCCUGGAUAUCUUGUAACAAAGUCAGUCCAUCAGAUGUUUAGUAUUUGAAAUGAUGCCUUAAUAAGUGACUUUGAGUUUAUUUUAAUAUAUAAAAUAGUAGCUAGAAUUUCAAAUAGCAAUAGCUGGUGUUCCACACAGCCUACUUUAAAUAUUGCAAAUUCUGCAUAGCAGUUGGAUGUACUAGGGGUUGGUUGGGACUGUCUUUGUGCUGCAGGAAAGAUUUUCAUAUCAUGAAUUGUAUAAAUAUAUUUUUAUAUUGAAACUUGCUCUGGAAAACAUUAUUUAUAUAUCUCUGCAUGUAUGGAAAAUACUGUUUGGCUUUCCAAACAUUUUAUUUAAAACUACAAGCAGGGGCACAAAACAAAAUAUUCCUCAGGAGCUAUCAUGGAAUCAGUCAGAUCUUUGAAGAGGGGAAAUGUUAUGGCAAAAGACUGUGGGUUGCAUCCUGCAAAGUGAUCCUGUUUGUGAAAGGACUUCCACUUGUAUUAUGGAGCUUCCCCUCCCUCUCUCAGCUGCCCCCUAAAUAUGUUCUGGGGGUUCCUCAACUGUCUCAAGAUGCUUAAGCAUAAGUCCUUGCAUGGACAGGACAACUUUACUGGAUAAAACCCUUUAAUUCACUUUUUGUAAGUGUUUUGAAUAAAUAAGGCCUUCAAGAUGAUUGAUGGGAGAGAAAAUGUAAAUGCCUUUUAGCUUUAAUCGUAGUGAUAGUUAAUAUAUUUUUCAAACACUCCAUAAUGCUUGCACUGUACUUGGAUUAAAUCCAGAAUAUGUUUGUGCUUUUAACCAAAUUGUGACAAUCAUAGCAUAGCUGCCCAAUACUUUGGGUCUAUUCAAGACAUUGCUUUGUUUGAGGACUUGCAUGCUUCAUCAUUGUUGGCAUAAAGUAAUGUCUGCAUUGUGAAAUUUCACAUUUAUUUGAAUCUGGGAUCUUCAGUCAUGCCUAGUGUAGAUUUGGAGGCCAUGCAAUGUCUGAACAGACCUCUUAUGUUUACGGUAAGUGUCUUAACCAUAAACAUAACCUAAGAUUUGUUGCUUACCAGUAUGUAUGCACCAGACCAAAUAUCCUUCAGCAGUUGCUCCACAUCUUCUUGCCUCCUUUGCUGCUUCUAUCAGUAGUGCUGCUGCAAGCUUGUACAUAUAACACACACUUACAACACUUAGAACUGCAAGUGAAACCAAACAUUUUCCCUUCAUUUAGGACAGAAGGAAUUUCAUCUAAAAGCAGUUGUGUAAAGUUCCUGUUUCUAAUACAGUACUUGAGGGUUUUUAAAAUAAGUAAAUAAACUUUUCUCUCUCAUUCCUUAUACACAAAUAACAUGUGAUGUUGUUGUAAAGCCUUCAUGGGCAGAAGUGGCAUUGUGACAAGUACUGGAAUCUUAAGUGUACAGUUGAAAGCUCUUACUGAAAUGUGUUUGAAUUUGCAGUAUUUAUGUAAAGACUAACAAAUGUGAAUGACCUACUGUAAGAGCGUUACUACAUUUUAAAAAUGUGCAUAGCAAAGUGUCACUUUACAAACGAGAAAUGUUAAUUUGUAGAUUUGUUUCUAAUGUGCUUGUGGGCACAGUCAACAAAUGUAUUCUGUUUGUAAGAAAGUUGAGUAGCGUCAUACUUUCUGAAGUGUACAUGUCCUUUAAAGAAACUUAGAUGUUUCUUCGUUUUCAAUCUUUGUAGACAAACUUUUGUACAGAUCUGUGGCUACCAGAUAAUGCUUCUGUCAUAACAGAUGGUCAAUUUUAACUGACCGUGCACUCUUAGUAGAUGAAUAUUUGCUAGCAAAUGUGCAUACAUUGAUUUUUGACUUCUCCAGGGUGCCUAUUUUUAUAAUUGUUCCCUUCAGAUUAUAGAUUUGUAUGACUUUUGUAAUGUUAAAUGCAUUUAACAUGUCUUGUAAAAAUAUUUUCAUUGUCUAGAAAAUUUUAAUCCAAAAUUGCAUUUUUCUGCCCAUUCAACUGUCAGAUAAAAAUGGAGUUACCCUACAGAGUGUUUAUCUA